GGCAGGAGGAUGGCGAUCGCCAAUUUCCCUCCCUUGUCGGUCCCCCACCCCAGACUAGACCACGAUGCGGAUUACCCUUCAGGUGAACAUCUGAGGAGAGUGUAUUUCCCCUACACGGAGGUCUGGAGAACAGGUACCUUGUCAGCUGAAGUCUCUCGCUUCGCCAGUCCCCCAGGACAACCACCAAAAAAGCAAGCUCUUCAUCCAGUAAAUCCUUUAGGACCGAGCAGGCAAGUGGAGAAAGGGGGCUCCUGCUGCCGCCGCCGCCACAGGCGUGGAGACGGCGAUGCAAAGCAAGGGGGGGCGAACCACCCCCUCCCCAGCGCAUCUGUCAGUGCGGGGCGCGGGAGCCAGACUCCACAAGGGCAUGCGGGGAGGAAGGCUUCCUCACAUCUCCGCGGCGACCGCUGGCCACGAAGAACACUGAGGUGGCGGGCGGCGGCGGUGCCUCCACUCGCCCCAAAAGGCUCGGCGCCGGUGCCUUCUCCCGUGUGUCAGGGCCUCCUCUGGGCGGCAGCUUCAUUCAUGCACUCGUCUUCAUUCACAGGUGUAAUGGUUGCAGAGGAGAGAGACGGAAAGAGGGGAGGGAGGAAUGAGGGAGGGAGGGCUGCUGCUACGCGCAUGUGGCCGAGCCCCCUCGCCGCCCGCCUCUACGGCGCAGGCGAGAAGCCUUCAAGCAAAGCCCCCCUGCCCUCGCCGACGGCGCCUCCAGGGAAAGCAGCACUGAAGCGACAAAGACCUGUCCCUCGAAGGUGUCCUCCCUGCAGUCUACAUGGAGUGACCCCGGGCCAAGAGGGCGCAGAAGCCAGCGGCCGGGCACUUCGGCGAGCGCGAGUAACCUGUUCUAAAGUGCACAUGCCUCGUAAUCAGGAGUUCACACCUCUGCCUACUUCACUCUAAAUUAAAGCUUAAAUGAAGAGUACUUCUCAGCUCAAAUAAGAACCUUCCUCAAAUUUCUUUUGGUUCAUAUCCUCAUUUCUGAAAGUGAUGACCUAAUCAUAUUAAUUAUAAUAAACGAUUCCAUUUUUAUGUCUUAGUACAUUUCAUUCCGAUUUGUAAGUGUCCAUAAAAGCCUUUCUUGCAAAACUGAAAAUGACAUUGGAUCCAGAUGCAGGCAAUUUGAAUCUGCAAAAUCCAAUGAAUAUUAAUUGUACAGAGACUAUUGCAAUCAACCCUAAAUAUUGUCCACACUCACAUUUUUCCUGUAUGCAUAUGACAGAGGAAAGUAAUAUCCAAGAGUAAGUAAUCAUAUGAACAAUGCUUAAGUGGGAUACAUUCUGAAGUAAUUUAAACUUCCAUUUUAUAUGUCCACUGAUGUCUUUUUAACAAUGAUGGGAAAUCUCACAAACAGCAGGAAUGUGCUGAUUUUCCAGAAUGGCAGAAGAGUGACAAGCAGAGGAGGGUCACCCAUCACCAUCACUUAACUUGGGUAGCCAACUGACUAAAAAAAAAAAGCUGGUUUGCUCUUCUGCCUCUACCAGCAUCUUUUGCUGCAGAAAUCAGAUGCAUAGAUAAGCACUGCCAUCUGCUCUGUAAGCCAUAUGAAUGUAAGCUAUAUAAAUGCAAGCCUUGUGGUAUGCAAGGACAAGGCAGGGGAGUAGAAUUGGGAAUAUUAAUAGUUUAAUGAAAUAGAUAUUAUGUACAGAGAGGCGAGUGCAGACUGCUUUUCCGUGCUCUUGCUGCUGGCUGCUUGUUAGCCUCACCUCUGCUCCAGGACUGGAAUACAAGUAACUAAAGCCCCAUUCGAAAGCUGGCCUGGAUCAAGGAAUGGAUUAACCAAAAAGUCCACACCUGCCACUGGAUAACAACUGAGGAGCAGAGGGGAACCAGUUCACAUUGCAAGCUAUGAGAAGCUCUGAUUGCACAGUGGCUUUUACCAAGCUACAUGGCCAAGGAUAUAAUCAGGAUUGAGUCCAACAGAGGUCUUUCCAGAGGUGCAGCACUGUAAUGCCUGCAAAACACAGACUGAACCUAUAGACUGGAUCUGUCCUUGGCUGUUCCUGGACUAAUACAUUGAUAGGACUUUCACUCAAGCACUGCUACUCAGCAGUAAUGGAGUAGCACAGCACUCACUGCCACAUGGGCUAUGAAAUAAGCAUAUAUCAUAUUGCUGAUAUAUUUUUAAAUGCUGCUAAGCUUUGUGUAAUGGCAAGCAAAGUGUGUCACAGGAUGAUCACUUCACUUGAUUAGCAAGCUUUAUGUGUGAUAGUUUUAUGUAGGCAUAGGGUUUUUGUUUGUUUGUUUUUACCUUGGGUAGUUUCUCUUGUGUUUCGAUUCAAUUUUCUGAGGGGUUAUUAAUUAAUUGGUGGUAAUUUGUAAUUUGUUCUGGUCAUUGACUGAAAUAAAGAUUCAUUCAUUCA